UCUAACUUGUCACUGCCUGUUCCUCCUUCGAGAGUACCCUGAAGCAGCAGAUGUCCAAAAGCAGCUCCAUCACCCACUUCCUCCUCCUGCCAUUCGCAGACAUGCGGGAGCUGCAGCUCUGGCUCUUCUGGCUCUUCCGGCUCUUCCUGGGCAUCUCCCUGGCUGCGUCCCUGGGCAACGGCCUCAUCAUCACCAGCACAGCCUGCGACCAGCACCUCCAUACCCCCAUGUACUUCUUCCUGCUCAGCCUCUCCCUCCUGGACCUGGGCUGCAUCUCCACCACUGGCCCCAAAUCCAUGGCCAAUUCCCUCUGGGACACCAGGGUCAUCUCCUACACAGAAUGUGCUGCACAGGUCUUCUUUUUCUUCUUCUUGUUUACAGCAGAGUUUUCCCUGCUCACUGUGAUGUCCUACGACCGCUACGUGGCCAUCUGCAAGCGCCUGCACUACGGGAUCCUCCUGGGCAGCAGAGCUUGUGUCCACGUGGCAGCAGCUGCCUGAGGCAGUGGGUUUCUCAAUGCUUUCUUCUGUGAAAUCCC